AUGCCGUUAUCACUUACACAAAGAAUUGAAGUUUUAAUGAUUAUUGGAUAUGGGGACCGAGUACGCACACAGAAAGAAGUAUGCGUUUUGUUCAAUAAUAAAUAUCCUGAAAUGACCAUAUUUCAAUCAACACUAAGUAGAAUAGAAAAUAAAUUCCGAGAAACCGGUUCUGUUGAUAAUUUGUCAAAAAGCGGACGUCCUUCUGUCAGUGAGGAAGCCAAAACGAACAUUUUUUUAUCUUUCGAAGAAAAUCCACAUAAUAGUGUCCGUCAGGUUGGUCGAGAAUAUAAUGUUUCGAAAAGCUGUGUUCACAGCUUGCUAAGACUGGAGAGGUGGCACCCAUACAAAAUGAAGUUAGUACAGGAGUUAUCCGAAGAUGAUCCAGAUCGUAGAAUGCAGUUUUGCCAAAUAUUGAUGGAUAGGUGCAAUAAUGAUCCAUUAUUCGUAAAACGUAUAAUCUUCUCAGAUGAAUCUACAUUUACUUUAAACGGAGAAGUCAAUCGCCAAAACGUACGAUAUUGGUCCAACGAAAACCCUAGGUGGAUGAGAGAAAGCCACACCCAAUAUCCUCAGAAAAUCAACGUUUGGGCGGGCAUUGUAGAGAAUCGUAUUAUUGGGCCUUAUUUUUUUGACGACACUCUAACUGGGAUCAGGUAUCUUCAAUUUCUGCAGACUUAUCUUAUACCUACACUAAGGGGAUUAUUUCCAAAUAGAAAUAAUCCUGAAAUGUCACACGAAAAUUUGUGGUAUCAACAAGAUGGCGCACCGCCACAUUAUGCAGUUUAUGUGAGACGUUUCCUAGAUCAAGUUUUUCCAGGGAAGUGGAUUGGAAGGCGAGGAAGUAUCGAAUGGCCGCCAAGGUCACCUGACCUCACACCCCUUGAUUUUUUCCUCUGGGGUCACCUGAAGAACGUCGUAUUCAAAACUAAACCUGAUAAUCUCGAAGAACUAAAAAACAGGAUUCGAAGAGAAUGCGAUAACAUUUCUCGAGAAACUAUAAGCAGGGUUCAAGAGGAAUUCAUUAACCGCUUAGGUUUCUGUCAAGCUCAAGAGGGAUUUCAAUUCGAACACUUUAUUAAAUAA